AUGGCUGCCAGCAAUCUUCUUGUGCUCACAGGAGCCACUGGUUUCCUUGGAUUCAAAGUCUUGACCAUUGCCCUUGCCGCCGGAUACAAUGUCCGACUGGUGGUCCGAUCCGCCGCCAAGGCCAACACUGUUCUCAACUCGCCGUCUAUCAAGGCUUUGAACCUCAGCCAAGAGAAACUCUCGUUUGUCAUUGUUGAGAACAUGGAACUCCCCCAUGCUUUUGACGAGGCCGUCAAGGGAGCAACACAUGUGAUCCACUGUGCUUCUCCAAUCCCUACCUUUGGCGGCGCAGCCCCUCCCACCCCCGAACAAUAUGCCGAGUUUUUUGUUCGGGCUGCUGUCCAAUCUACCGUUGAGCUCUUGGAAAGCAGUCGCAAGGCCGGUACCGUUAAGCGUAUCGUUAUUACCAGUUCCAUGGUUGCCAUCACUCCUUUCCAUUACUAUCUCGGCCAAGGAGACGACAAAACCUUCGACGCCGAGUUCCGCAUUCCUGUCGACGAAGGUCCUUAUGGUUUCGAGUUCCAAGCCUACAGCGCCAGUAAGGCUGCUGCUUUGAAUGAAUCCGAGGCUUGGGUUAAGCAGAACAAGCCAGGUUUCGACUUGAUUAGCAUCCUGCCUGGAUGGAUCUUUGGCGCCGAUGAACUAGCCACCAGGGUCCAAGACUUUGAGACCAGCUCUACUAACUCUGUGCUUUUGGGCUUGCUCCGGGGUUCUCAAACGGAUGUUCCGUCAAACAGCAACUCGGUUUUGAUUGAUGACGCUGCCCGUCUUCAUGUAUUGGCUCUCGAUCCCAAGAUCCCUGGCAACCAGGCAUACGUGGCUUCAGCAGACGGGGUUAAUGGUAUGGUGUGGGAAGAUGGCAUCAAGGUUAUUAAAGAAAACUUUCCAGAGGCAAUUGAACAGGGACUUCUUAAGACAACUGGGAAACAGCCAACCCUUACUAUUCCUGUUGAUGCUAAGAAGACCGAGGAAACUUUUGGUAUCAAGUUCGCUGGGUUUGAUGAGCAGGUUAAGAGCUUGGUGAACCAGUGGAUUCAGGUUUCAACGGCGGCCUAG